AUGAAGGUUUCUCUUGUAUCGAGUCUGGUGGCCCUCCUGUCAAUGAGUUGGGCAGCCACCUUUACAUCAUGUACCGAUGCGCAGAUUGCGACGCUCGAGGUCGCCAUUGACCGAGCCACAAACAAGUCAUUCGCCGCAAUUGAGCACCUGGAAGAUAAUCCGAACGGAAGCGACAUCCAGACCACUUGGUACGGCACUUUUAGUACUGAGCGGUACAAUCGUGUAUUGACUGCCUUCAAGAAAUUCGCACCGGAUUUGGCCACGACCUUUAGUUACGACUGCUCCUGCGUCAGUGAUGUGGUAAUUGCAACAGUCGGCAACACGUACGGAGACGUCAAAAUCUGUAGCGUCUACUUCAACGAAGCGGUGAACCCGCCCUCUGGACAACACCGCAAUCAAUGGGACACGAUUGUCCAUGAAGCCACGCACUUUCGCGAUGUUCUCGGCACGACUGAUCAUGGCUACGGUGUGGAAAUGUGUAAAAAGUUUGCUUUGGAAGAUCCAGAGGAGGCUGUUGAUAACGCCGAGUAA